AUGGGGCCAACAGAAAAAAUGGACCUAAUGACUGGUUUGCCUAAACUGAAGCCUGAGUGUAUCAUUGACUAUAAUAAAAAUAUGGGUGCCGUGGAUGUAUCCUCGUUCUAUCAGACAUCAAAUGCCAGUAUCCAGUCCACCAUCCGGGUAGUCUCCUUCGUGAGAACGGGUGAGCAGUGGCCGAACCCACAUCUGCAGCAAGGGAACCCACCAUGGCAUCAAUUCUCAGCACCCAGGAAAAGAUCGCCAGAUGAUUACCCCCAACACUUCUAUAAUGGUCCUUAUAACGAACCAUUCAGACAUAACCAAAGCCCUUAUACUACCCAAGGAUUACACCAAAGCCAAGGUCAACCCAUAAACUUCCAACCAAACUACGAACAAAGAUCAUCAUUUGAUCCAUUCAAUUCAAACAACCCAAAUGAUGGAAGACUACUUUCAGAGUCAGCUUUUACCAAAAUAUCUGAAACACUGGGUGCAAUAAACACUGUAGGACACUAUCUUGUAGACAUGGUCAGUGAAAAUGAGAGAAAUGAAACGGACCCCAACUUACAACAGUUACCACAAGCUAUUUACACGAUAAGCAAGAACGUUUUAGGACCAAAUGUUACAGAUAAAAUAGCACCGAUAGUCAAGAAAGCGUUACCAAGAGUACUUCCCGAUGCACCCAUUACUAAAAUAGCUACAAGCGACAUCAACAGAAACGAUGAAGCUAAAUAUUGUACGACACCCGAAGGCGAAGAAGGUAUAUGUGAAGAUCUCAGUAACUGCCCUCAACUGCUGUUGAAUUUAGUCAAUUUGAGGGAAUCAUUAUGCUUCAAAGAUCUGUUUGUACCCGGAGUCUGUUGUCCGAAGAAUGCAAUAGUGCCUUCAGUUUUAACUUCGGAAAAACCAAUUGUGACUACGACUAGUAAGCCCACGUACUUAGUGCCAGUGACAACUCAGCGACCGAAGCCAGUAAAGAAACCUUCAGCAGUUUUAACUCUCACUACUAAAAAGCCUAAACCUGUCACCACCACUCAAAGACCGACACCAAGACCUACCACCACAAGGGCUACAACCACUACUACCCCUCGACCUACGACUACAACUUUCUUCACGGUUGCCCCUCCUAUUCUUGGAAAUUAUUCCCUAACUGUGGAUAUGGAUGAUUGCGGGCAAAGAGAGGACGAGGGUGGACGGAUAGUGGGUGGCACGGAGUCUAAACCCGGGGCUUGGCCCUGGAUGGCAGCCAUCUUCUUGCACGGCAGCAAGCGCAGGGAAUUCUGGUGUGGAGGCACGCUGGUUGGGAAGCGACAUGUGUUGACUGCAGCCCAUUGUACAAGAGACUCGAAGCAGAGACCAUUCCCAGCCCGUCAGUUCAGCGUUCGCCUGGGUGACGUGGACCUGGCGCGGGAAGACGAGCCCUCCCGCCCUGUCACCCACCGGGUCACCGCUGUGCGCGCCCAUGAGCAGUUCUCAAGAAUUGGCUUUUACAAUGACAUUGCUGUAUUAGUUUUAGCGGACAACGUCCAAAAAUCCAAAUACGUGAUCCCCAUCUGCCUACCGACGGGUGAGCUUUCCCGCCAGCAAUUCGACGGCUCCCUCGCCACCGUGGUGGGCUGGGGCACCACCAGGUACGGCGGCGGGGAGAGCACCAAGCAGCUGGAGGCCAAACUGCCCGUGUGGAGGAACGAGGACUGCGACCGCGCAUACUUCCAGCCUAUCACCGACACAUUCCUAUGCGCCGGCUAUGCGAGAGGAGGUGUUGACGCAUGCCAGGGUGACUCCGGCGGGCCCCUGAUGCUGCUAGCCAACGGUCGCUGGACCCAAAUCGGGGUGGUCUCCUUCGGGAACAAGUGCGGAGAACCCGGGUACCCCGGGGUCUACACCAGGGUCACGCAUUACAACAACUGGCUGCAGCAGAAUAUUGUUUAA